CAAUUUUUUUUUUCUUCUUCUUCUUCGUCAGUUCUCUGUUGUUGUUGUUGUUGUUGUUGUAAUUGGUCUGUGAUUUUUCUUAUUAGAUCUCGAAUCGUUACUAGUGAAACCUAGGUUUUAGGGUUUUUUUCAGUAAUGUCGAAGAUCUCACAGUCUGGUUACGGUGCUAUCCCUUCUUCUAUCGCUUCCGCUUCGACUUCGAGCUCUGGGAUCGAGUUUAUUUCUCGGGCAAAAGUUAGAGGAAGAUCCAUUAUAUCGACGCGGCGUCCAUGGAGAGAACUCGUAGAUCUAUCUUGUUUUGGGCGCCCGUAUAGUUUCGGGGAAGCGAUGGUCCGUAUCAAGCGGAAUCUCUACUAUUUUCGAGUCAAUUACACCUUUUUCACGUUGCUGAUACUGUUCUUGAGUCUUCUGUGGCAUCCGGUUUCGAUGAUUGUCUUUCUGGUUGUGUUUAUUGCUUGGUUCUUUCUUUACUUCUUUCGGGAUGAGCCGCUGGUUGUGUUUAACCGGACUAUUGAUGAUCGUGUGAUUCUGGUUUUAUUGAGUUUGGUUACGAUUGUUGCCCUUGUUUUGACUCAUGUCGGAUUGAAUGUUUUGGUUUCGCUUAUUAUUGCAAUUGUGAUUGUUGCUCUGCAUGCCGCCUUUAGGACAACCGAAGAUCAGUUUUUGGAUGAGCAGGAAGCCAUUGAUGGAGGAUUACUUUCUGUUGUUGGAAGUCCGACUCCGACUCCGAUGAGAACGACUUACGGUCGUGUUUGAAUUUGUUGAAUAGUUAGUUCUCUUGUUGUGCACUGGUGGCCAGGAUGUUGUGUGGCAAUUGGGCAGUUGGGGAAUUGUUGGAUUUGAAGCUGAAGCGACUGCCAUUGAGUUAUGUUCUGAUGAUGCGGGGGAAAGGUUCUUCAAUGGUGCUGUAAAUGGUUUGGGUUCAAAGAGAUGUGAGCCUCUGGGUGCAUUUCUAUUCUGGCCGGAAAGUACAUCCCAAAGGAAGUGAUUUGUAACUGUUUCAUUCUAGCUUCCUGUAGAGCAGGUCAGGUUACAUUUGCUCGAUCUUGUAUUUGUUCUUUCUUUGUUUUCCGAGUCGAUUUUGUGCUUUGAUGUAGUUCUUUCGAUAUUUUUGUAAAUUCUAAAUUUGCACGUUGAUAGUAUUUUAGUCAUCUGGAGCAAAAUUUACUCUCUUAA